AGUAUGUGUUUAGUGAAAUAUGGUGCACCAUAAGAUACGGUGUAUUUAAGUGCUUGACCACACAAGUGAUUUUAUAAAUUGAACCCUUGUGUGGAAGGAUCUUAGUUGUUGAAGUGCUAAACCUAAUUCACAAAGUUAUAAACCUAGCCGCCGCUCUCUAAACCUUAUUCUCUCUAAUCUCCGUUGGAAUCGGCUAGCACCGGUCAUCAUCGUAGAAGUUCUGUUCGUGUGGAUUGAGUAGAAGCAUCGCUACGUUGUUUUGUUUGUGAUCGGAAACAAUUCUGCUGCAAAAGUUUUGCGUUUCAAGAGGGGGCUGUGAUGGAGCAAAAUAUUAUGAUAGAGCGACUUUCUAUUUCUUCCAAAGAAGAGAUCAUUGAUUUGAACCAAAUCACACUCCGAUCUUUUAAUCUUUCUGACCUCGAUGAUCUCAUGGUGUGGCACACUGAUGAAAAAGUGGCCAAGUUCUGGGGGGAACCUUACACCAGCAAAGACCAAGGCAUCAACUUCAUCAAAAAUAUGGCAGGCAAGUAUCUACGUUGCAAAGCAAUAUGCCAUAACGAUCAUGCUAUUGGGUGUAUUAAGUUGUCCUCCAGUUCACUUUAUGACAAGAGUAGGAACAGAUGUGCAGAAAUUGGGUAUGUUCUAGCCUCUAAAUAUUGGGGUAAAGGGAUUGCCACAUGUGCUGUGAAACAAAUGGUUAAGGUUGCAUUCAGUGAAUUUCAAUCCUUGGAAAGGCUUCAAGCUCUUGUUGAUAUGGAUAAUGUUGGGUCGCAAAAAGUACUUGAGAAAGUUGGUUUUCAAAAAGAGGGGCUUCUUAGGAAGUAUGUAUUCUUUAAAGGAAAAAGCAGAGAUAUGAUCAUGUUCAGUCUUCUUUUUACUGAUCUUCAACUAUGAUUUAUUUUGUUUGAUCGAGGUGAAGAACAUACUUAUUGCUGAAUUUUAAGUUUGUGGAUGUUCUAAGGACAUCAACUAAUGAGGGUUUGAGUCAAAAAAUUAGAGAACAGAGUAUUUUCAUGUCUCAAGUACUACAUUGUUCAUGUCGGAUGUUUAUAUUUUUUCCUUGGUUUUCAUGUUUGAUUUAUUGGUAUUAUUUGCAA